ACCAAUGGUGUUUGCUUUUAUACUAGCAGUAUUUUUGAUCUAGCAUGUACUUAAUUCUGUAAUUGUAUCUCUUCAUUCCAUGUUUAGCACCAUCAUACUUUCUUGCAUAUCACUUUUUGCAUGUAAACUAUAGCUCAAAAUUAAAGCAUGUUUUGAAACUUGGAUAACCUUCAUGAAGCACUCAGAUUUUUAUUUUGUUUUGGUUUAUUGGUGUAUUUUUGUCGUAGGAUUUCCUUCUGCGACGGGGAGUAUAAUAUACGCUAUCCUUCAGAUUGUGAUCACAGGUGUUGGAGCAGCCCUCAUAAAUAGAGCAGGCCGGAAGCCCCUACUUUUGGUAUCUGGAUCAAGAUUGGUUGCAGGAUGUAUAUUUACUGCAGUUGCAUUCUAUCUCAAGGUUCAUGAUGUGGCUGUGGGAGCAGUCCCAGCACUUGCCGUAACCGGCAUAUUGAUAUUUCCUGUCAAUAUUAAAGGGCAGGCAUGAAGCAUAGCAACAUUAGUGAACUGGUUUGGUGCAUGGUUAUGUUCCUAUACUUGAAAUUUAAAUAGAAAGAUUGAGAAAACUGUUAGAAAUUUAAGAUUCAGGCUGAAUUACUUACUGAUUUAUUAUGUGCAGGUUUUCAGGAACUUUCGAGUAUUUAGACCAUUCAAAUCUGUUAUAAAAUUUGCUUAUAAUUAUUGAAAUGUGAAUUCUUUCAAUCAAUUAGAUUAAUUUAGCUUAAAGGAAUUGACUUUAGGUUGUUGUAUUCCUUGAUUCAUCAAUGUGUGAAUGCUGUCAAAGUGUCAUUGUGAAAGAUUCCACAAAUUACUAAUGGUUUAAAGACAGUUAGUAUUAUGAUUCUCUAAGGCAUUUACCAUCAUGUGCUCUACAAAGUUAACUAUUGUACCCAACAACAAACCCUUAAAUGGUCUUACUGGAAGUUUGAAGCAUUACCUUCUGGAAAUAAUUUGACUAAUCGCUAAGAAUUCAAGUGAUGGGCUAGAAUUGGUCCGAGUAUUCCGAUAAUGGUUGUUGAUUUGUUAUUAUUUACUACUUGUCUCUGUGGCUACUGUAAAGAGAAGUGAUAAAGCCAGUUGAUUUUUUACCUUCACUUUCCUGAUUUUUCAUAUCAUGUUUGUGAUGUAAUAGGAAACCCCGCUUUAGAUUGGAACACAAGAAAGAGGAUAGCAAUUGGAGCUGCUCGGGGCCUUCUGUAUCUUCAUGAGUAAUGUGAUCCAAAAAACAUACACAGAGAUGUAAAAGCUGCUAAUGUGCUUCUGGAUAAUGAUUAUGAGGCUAUAGUUGGUGAUUUUGGCCUUGCAAAGCUCCUUGAUCAUGCUGAUUCCCAUGUCACCACUGCUGUACGUGGCACUGUUGGACACAUUGCACCAAAGUACCUCUCGACUGGCCAAUCAUCUGAGAAAACUGAUGUGUUUGGAUUCGGCAUUCUCUUAUUAGAGCUUAUAACUGGAAUGACAACCCUUGAGUUUGGAAAAACCUUGAA